GGCAGCAGCAGCAGUGAAGUGAAAAUUUUAUUUAUUGCCUUCAAUUUAGCAAAAAUUGUUGGAAAAUAUGGAAAACCAGUGUAAAAUGUUGUGUAUAUUAUGAGUUGUCGCGUCCCUGUGCUCCGUGUACAUCUACGUAAAUGUUAUAAAUAAGUGAUUGUGUACAAAUAAACAAAACUACGUGUGAAAAUCUCGCCCACGCCUUCCUUUCGCUUACCACAUUCACAAUUUCCAAUCGCGUUUUCCGUGACAGCCAUAAACGCAGUGAAAGCUGUUAAAAAAUUUCAAGUUUCUGUGAAAAUCAUCGCAUAUUUAAUUGGAUCACGGCGACAUCAAUAACGCCCACGUCAACGGAGGUCAUCAGCGUCACCGGCGCAAUGCCACUGGCCGAUUUGAAUAAAGAUUUGCGCCAGCAACAGCAGCUGGGCGUGGGCAUUGCCGUCGGUAACAAUGCUCACCUAGACCAUGCUAAUGGCACUUUGGGCCAACAGCAGCUGCGUCAGCGCAUGCAGAUCACAUCGUCCGGAUGCAGUAGUCUGGCCGUGACACCUAUGGAGCAUACGCCCACCGACGAAGAAAGUGGUGCCGUGACCACUGUGACGUCAUCUCAGCGCAGACAGCAGGCUCAGCAUCAGCAGCAACAACAUUUGCAACAGGUGCAGCAAACGGCACUGCAAGCAGCAUUGGAGCACCACCACAUCAGUUCGGUUACGGCAGAUACUACCGAGCUGAUGGAUUUAAGUGAUUCUGAAGGCUACGCACCAGCGGCAGGCGAUGCAGAGUUACGUGAAAAUGAGUUUGAAUUGCGCGAAGUAGUGAAGGAAGGUCAUGAAAAAGCCGACCCUUCGCAAUUCGAAUUGCUGCGCGUGCUGGGCGAGGGCAGCUUCGGUAAGGUGUUUUUAGUACGCAAGGUUGUUGGCAAGGAUGCAGGCACGCUAUACGCCAUGAAAGUACUGAAAAAAGCCACUUUGAAGGUCAAGGACCGUGUGCGUAGUACAAACGAGCGUAAAAUACUAGCCGACGUGGGUCAUGCGUUCAUCGUAAAAUUGCACUACGCCUUCCAAACGCCCGGCAAAUUGUAUUUGAUAUUGGAUUUUCUUCGCGGUGGUGAUCUUUUCACACGGCUAUCCAAAGAAGUAAUGUUCACGGAAGAGGAUGUUAAGUUUUACCUAGCUGAGUUGGCACUGGCUUUAAAUCAUUUGCAUUCACUUGGUAUUAUCUAUCGCGACUUAAAGCCGGAGAACAUUUUACUAGACGAACAUGGCCAUAUCGCGCUGACGGAUUUUGGACUAUCGAAACAACCACUAGACGGAUCGAAGACAUACAGUUUUUGCGGCACAGUAGAGUAUAUGGCACCGGAAAUAGUGAACCGAAAAGGACACGACUUUGCAGCUGAUUGGUGGUCUUUUGGUGUACUGAUGUAUGAAAUGUUAACAGGUAACUUGCCAUUCCACGGGCAAACACGCCAAGAAACCAUGAACCAAAUACUGCGUUCCAAAUUGGGCAUGCCCGAGAACCUCUCGCCUGAAGCACAAUCAUUGCUUCGUGCACUUUUCAAGCGCAAUCCCCAAAAUCGACUAGGUGCAGGUCCCAAUGGUAUACUGGAUAUCAAAGCGCAUUGUUUCUUUGCCACAAUCGACUGGUUGGGGCUGGAACGGAAAGAAGUGCGCCCACCAUUUAUACCGGCGGUGUCGCGUGACGACGCUUUCUACUUUGAUGUGGAGUAUACAUCAAAGUCUCCACGAGACUCUCCCGGUGGUCCUAUUUCCGCAUCGGCUCAUGAAAUCUUUCGGGGCUUUAGUUUUGUCGCGCCUGUGCUACUAGAUCAAACAUCCAACAGUUCGAGUCCUUUAUCCCCAUUCGUGCCCAACGCACAUCCCCAGCUGCGCAGUUUGCCAGGAGUGCUGCCUGGCAACUUCCAUUCCGAAUAUAAUCUGCUUCAGGAGCUAGGGCGCGGCACCUUUUCUGUUUGCCGUUUGUGUGAACAUCGCUCAACGAAGAAGCAUUUCGCCGUGAAGAUUAUAGAAAAAGCGGCAGCGGCCGCGUCAUCCAGCUCGGCGGACUGUUGGGAAGAGGUCGAGAUAAUGUUGCGCUAUGGCAAUCACCCCAACAUUGUCACAUUGUUUUCUGUGUAUGAGGACGCAACUUCAGCGUAUCUGGUUAUGGAAUUGUUGAAGGGCGGCGAGCUGCUCGAUCGCAUACUAGCGGUGGGACAAAUGUGCGAGAGUGAGGCGAGUGCGGUGCUGAGGACGGUCGUUUCGGCAGUGGCGUACUUGCAUGAGCAUGGCGUAGUGCAUCGUGACCUUAAACCAUCUAACAUGAUAUACGCGAGCAUGCGACAGACGCCGGAGACGCUAAAGCUAUGUGACCUGGGAUUCGCAAAACAGCUACGCGCAGACAACGGGCUGUUGAUGACACCUUGCUACACGGCCAAUUUUGUGGCGCCGGAGGUGCUGAAGCGCCAAGGCUAUGACCUGGCCUGUGACAUAUGGUCACUGGGCGUGCUGCUUUAUAUUAUGCUCUCUGGCCGUACACCAUUCGCUUCAACACCAAACGACUCGCCGGAGGUGAUACUAAAACGAAUCGGUUCCGGCCAUGUGGAUUUCACAUCGAGUCGCUGGGCAAUGACCGGCAGCGAAGUGAAAGAUUUACUGCGUCAGAUGCUGCACAUCGUACCAGAAAAUAGACCGACGGCAGCGCAAAUACUGCAGCACCCUUGGCUGCGUGAACAGUCGGCGGGUUCAGUGCGCCUAACGGAAUACGCGAUAAUACCCGCACAAAUGUCAGGCGCUGGUGUCAAUGCCAUAGGCGAAGGCGGCGCGGGGUUCGCGCAACCCAAUGCCAACUCGGUACGCGAAGCGACGGCGGCGUUGCGCGGUGCCGUCGAUGCGACUUUUCGCGCGAUUGCAAUACCACAAGCGGCAAAUGUGGGCCCAGUAGAAAUGUCGAAACUGGCGAAACGACGUGCCAAAGACAAAGCCAACUUGCACUCGUAAAUUUUGUCGGUGAAAUUUAAUUGAAUCAUUGGCGAUUAUAUGAAAGCCGUUUUGUAUGCUCGCCGAAAAUUUGUUCAAAGGCUGUUGAUGUGUGUGUGUGUGGUAGAGCACAUAGCCACCAUUAUUCCACGGCAUAAAUUGUUUGCGUGUUUAUUAAUAAAAACACGUACAUAUACAUACCUAGAAAUAGGGACGCGAGAAGAAAGAGAUACAAAUUAUAUUUUUAGGCAUUUUGUCGGCUUCCUAUGCGCGACUUCCAUAGGGUACACACAACGCGCAUCCCUUAGGGGAAGGAGUAGCAAGCCUUGUGCGUGUCUGUAGCUGGGAAUAGUGAUUUUGUGAACAAGUUAAGUAUUUAUUUUUUUGACUAAUAAUUGUUGUUAGUAAUACAAAAACGAUUUUAUUAAAUUAUUGACAAAGAAAAAAAACAAAACAAAAGAUAAUUUUUUGCAAAACUCUACUUACUCGUAAAUAAUGGCCAAAGUAAAAAUGCUUAACAGAGAAGGAUAACAAUGAAAUAUAUUUAAUAACAACAAAAAACGUGUUGUACACUGGUACUCGCAGCGUAGGCUGUUUUAAGAUUCUAAAGAAAAUAUUUCUAAAACGAUUUCAACCACGUUUAGUGUUCGUAGCAGACAGUCUAAAAUUAAAGUUACUACAAUUCAGCAAAAGUAAAUACCUUCGCUAAAUCCAAUUCCACAGGACUUUCAAACAAAUUUGCCAAAUUUAACGUAACUCCAAUAGCACUUGUAUUUGAAAUCAAAAAUUAUGCACGAAUAUACAUACAAGUGAAUUUUAAUGAAUAAUUAACACACACAAAAAAAAAACAAUAACCAAUGUAUUGUAUUAAAGUUAGUGAAUACAUACCGCAAUGUAAAGUAAAAAAAUUCCAUGCUUAAUUCUAAUGAAAUACAAGAUUGUGAUUUGCCUUUGAAAAUAAGUAUACAAACUUUGCGAACGUGUAUAUGUAUAUAAAUGUAUGUAUUUAAGUACACACUUAUGUACAUAUAAACGGCACUAAAAAAAAAUGCGGAAAAAUUGUUUGGAAAAAGUUAAUUAUGUACAUACAUAGGAUUUACAUAUUUAUAUGAAAGAGUGUAAAUAGGAGUUAGCGAUGAUUGAUAAACAAAGUGUAGUGCAGUGAGUGUAGGACUACUUUUCAGCAAAUUUAAAAUGCUACUAUGGGUAAACAAAAACUUUACGCAUUCACGGCUUCUCCGUUGUUAAAAUCAUCUUUUCAACAGGCAAGAAAGCCUCACUGAUCGUUAAAAUAUUUAUAUCAGUGCGUAAAUUAAAAUUUCGACGUUUUGUAACUCGGCUGUAGAUUCGUAUAUACAUACGUAUAUGUUGUAUUUACAUUACCGCUUCUAAUUACAUAAUCUAAACGCAUACAUGCAUAAGUAAAUUUUAAGUAAAUGGUAAAAUAAAUAGUAAGUAAGCGAUUAAUUUAAAGCUAAAAAUAGUUGAUAAAGAAAUAACACUAAAAAUAUUUAUAAAAUGUAUGUUAUACUAAACCAUAUAAGGAUAUGUAAUUUAUUCACCAGAUAAUGCAAACCACAAGUACAUACAUACAUACAUAUGUAUAGCCAAGCAUACAAGCUUAUGCACAUACAAUUUAUGGUAUAUAUACAGACACGUACACAUAUUACUAUUUAACAAAUGUAUAUACAUAUAUUUAGAGAGAAUUUAUAUAAAUACCUAACCCUUAUACAUUACCUACAAACAUAUUUAUCUAUGAAAAAUGAUUACGUAAAAGCUGCAUAAGUCAUAUACUGCAAUUACUAUAUAUUUGUCGAACAUCGUAAAGUUGCGUUAUGUGGCCGUCUUUUAGGCUUUACACUUUGCAUGUUAUAUAAAAUUAUAUAUGUAUAUAGAAAAGAAAAAGAAAUUGUUGCAGUACUUGGGAAAACAUACA